AUGGGCCAAGGACCGGCAGCGGAGCAGCGGCAGCCGACGCCGCCGUCACUGUCACCGUCGCCGUCGCCGCCGCCGCCGCCACGCUCUGCUUCUCCGUUCCGCGGGUCGCUGUCACGCGACGACUCCAUGUCGCCUUGCAGCCAAGAAGCACUACAGCCGGUACCAGUAGUGGCGGCAGCAGCAGGAGGCCAGACGGCGGCUGCAGCAGUAGCAGGGGAGGCGGCGCGCUGCCGUCGCCUUUCUCCAGGGGGGGCCAGCGGGUGGUGGCAUGCUCCCUUCAGCAUGUGGUCGGGUGCGGCCGUCUCCACCCUCUCCGCCUUCUCACAAACCUCGCCGCCAGCACCGCCGACAACUCCCGUACAGCUAUCACCGCCGACAGACGCCACGGCGGAAGGCGUUACAGUGAACGGUGAAGUACGGGACGGAUGCGGCUGCAAUCGGGUGGUGCAGCCGCCGCUGCCGCCAUCGGGCCUGGCGCCGGUAGAUGCGGCGGUAAUGGCGGUAAUGGCGGUAAUGGCAGCCAGACCAACGAACCAGCUGCCGUACGCACCGGUCGCGACGCAGGUUGAAGCUCCACCCCGGGGGCUUGUCGAAGGCCUUGCACACCCAGCAAACGUAAGCGGCUUUGGUGGCGACAGUAUCACAUCGCGACGAACGACAGUUGGCGUCACAGCCCUGGAUGCUGACACCGUACCGCAGAUUCCCAGCACCGGCAGCGGCCGCCGCCACCGCGGCAGCGGCGGCGGGUGCGGCAGGGUCGCUGCCAGCACCGGCAUCGAGGGCGGCACCGAAACCUUGGAAGUAAACAGCGGUGCUCCCGUCGGCCGUACGGCAGAUAGGCGCAUGGGACGAGCUGCUGCUGCGGCGGCUGCUGGCGUGGAGGCUGCGUUACCCAGACCCGAGUUCAUGUUCGGCGAACCUAGGUCCUUGCAUUCAAGGAGGUGCUCGUCCAUGGCCGUUGUGGUUGCUGCCGGGGCUGGGUCAGACACCAGCAACGCAGCAGCAACGACGCCACCAGCCGUACAUUUGCAGUACGAAAACUCCCUCGGCGUGGGAACACCCAUACCCGCCGCUGACAUCACUCGUACGGCGGCGCUACCGUACAUGUCCAUCACCUCAACCGGGGACCCGGAAUCACCAUUUCGCGCCACAAUGGCCGCCGUGAGUACGGCAUCAUCGCCGAUCCCGUCACCGAUCCCGUCGCCGUCGGCAGCGACGGCGGCGACGGUGGCGUCAAUCAGAGUCCCCCCGACCUCGGAGACCGUCAGCAUGGCCGUGGGCUUUCCAGGGUGGUCGCGAGGGCGAUGGGGGAGCAAAGGAAUGCCGCCAACAUGGCUUUGUGACUGCGGGGUGGUUGAAGACGAAAUGCAUGUCUUUGUGGAAUGCCCGGCGUACAAUACAUGGGCUAAGUACGAGCGUGACCUCGCGUUUCAAGGGCGCGAUUGUGCAUGA